UUUAGGCUUUGCGUAAUCCGCAGUAGAACUUUUAUUUUGCAUGAGAAGAGUUUAGAAUUUUCAACUUUAUUUUACCUAGUACUCUUUACUCAUGAAAAGUUCGCGAAUACAUAACAACUAAUAGGUAAUAGGUAAUAGACAAUAGAUAAUAGUAAGUAAUAGUUCGUAGUUAUGAGUAUACCUAAGGCAGCUACGACUGCAUUAUUUCAAAAUUUUAAAGGAGGAAGAGGUCAAAGUUUAUUCAAAGGUAUCAUUGGAGAAGAUGUAUGUCAAAAGAUAUUAGAAAGAUUAAAUUUAAAGGAAAAGUAUCCAAAUUCAAAGAAUCUUGAAAUACUAGAUAUAUAUCCUAGUCAACCUUUAUUAUCAAUUAAGAUACAUGAAGAGUUAAAUCCUAAAACUCAUGUAGUCUUGGAAGAUAAGAAAAAAAAAAUAGGUCCAUGGACUGAAUUAAUUGAUGCCUGGAAACAAUAUACGAAUAUUGAUAAUUUAAAGUUAACUACUAAAGAUGGUUGGAAUUGGGAAACAUAUGAUGAAAUAAUUGAAGAAAAAUUGUUAACUCCUGAAAUUAAAUCAAGAGAUACAAUUCAUGAUGAAUUAUUAAUAUUAGGAAAUCUAUCACCUGUAAAAUUUGGUGAACCUUUAUUCGCUCAAUGGAUUAUGUGUUGUGCUUAUGCUAAUUGGUUACAAAGAUUUGGAAGAGUUAGAAUUAUUGCCUUAAUUCCAGCAGUUACUGCUCAAAAGUUCUUAUCUGAACCUGAGUUUAUUAAGAGAAAUAAGUCUUCUGUAAAGAGAAAUCUUUACACCAAUAUAAACUUAAUUGCUAUUACAGGACCAGCCACUCUGGAUGAUAAUCCUGGUUUGGGUUAUGAUCCAAGAGUAAUUAUCGAACAGCAACCCAUCGUUAUUCCUAGAGCUGCAGUUUUUCCUAAUGAUGCAGAAAUUGCUGUCGUGGAAUUAGAACCAAAGAAUUUCAAUUCAGCAAAUAUAGAAGAAUAUGAACAUAUUUUAACACAAUUAUUUAUAAAUUCAAACAGUAAAGUAAAAAAUUUACUCAGUUAUAUUGCAGUGGGUGCUGAUGAUGACUUGGCACCUCUUCUUUCUGAUGAAUUGUUGAAUAAAGCACCAAGAGAUCUCAAGAUGGAUGAAUGGCACCAACUUUUUAAUGUAUUCAAUACUUGGGCCUUUAAACCAAGCUACAUCGACAGAAUGGCUUUUCUACAGGAAAAUGAUUGAAUUGGUUAAAAAAUCAGAUUCAGAUUAAAUGUAAAUA